AUGAGUAUUACAGUCUCUGCCAUCAAAAGCGCCAAACACAUUAUUGUGUACAAGCUGAUCGAGAUGCGCAUUCUGCAGCCGCUGUUCGAGAUUGGACUGGAUCAGGCAGAGGAUGGACCGGGCGAGAGCUUCUUGGAGAAGAUCCUGGAUUCCGAAUGGGCGGAGAGGUUUAUCCAGAACUUGCUGUUCUUCGCCUUGAGGAAUUCCACUGUCCCCCAAGGACGACCGCCUGCGUCGGACAAGAGCAAGGAUGCUAUCGCUGAAGUAAUCUCGACGUUUAACGAGUUCAAGGAGGCGCUGUGGCCAGGGUUCAAAGCCCUCAAUUCAUCAAAUCUGGCUUUGAGCAACAUCAUCGCUGAACUUGCACCCAAGAUCUGUCUGGAUCUAAAACUGCAUUGCAGAAGAAUGCCAGAGACCCUUAGAACAAAGCUCUCCAAGUUGUCCAUUGAUUGCGAUGGUCUUCCUGAAAUGGAUCAAGAUGACACAGACGCUGGUGGUGAUGCCGGUGCUGCUGAUGUUGGCAAGGAUGUGGACGACGACGACGCCCUCAAGCGAUCCAAGAAGAUCAUUUUCAAGCUGGCCGCCAAACAGCGUUCUUCGUACGGAGGAGUGAUCAAGGAGCUAUUCAUCGGGAACCGGGAUGCCAUCAAGGAAGCCAGGAACAAGCAGCAGACGACAUACGGGAAGAGGACAACAAACAUGGCUGAGCGUCAGGUGGCCCAUCCACACAUAUAUGGACAGUUGGAGCUCGCGCGGUAUUUGUCGAGGAGGAUCAUUGUUUUCCGAGAACGGCACAACGCUUCCCUCGCGGCCAGUGAGGGUCAGAGAGUUAGAGAGUUAUUGGCGAAGCCCUUGCAUGACCCUCACUACGAGAGGCACGUCCUGUAUGAUAUUCUGUCCAAGGCAUUCGACAAGGAGCUCACCAUCAUUUAUGUGGACGGAUCACCAUCAGAGCAGAAGCGAAGAGAACAUCGGCGGAGAAACGUGACCCUAAAGCGAGCACUGGUCAAGCUACAGACGAAGGUCAGCGGUUCAACCCGGUCAACAAAGCAGAUUUUCAGGACCCGCAAGAACAACUAUCGCCUACCCCGAGGGAGUCUCGACCAGGAUAUCCUCCCAGUAUUGAUAGAGAAGAGCUGGCGGAUCCACCUGUGUCCGUAUCAAGCAGACACAUGCCUUUCAAGAGUGUGUCAGGACGCCCUAGACCCCGACUCUGUCAUAGUCGUCACUUCUGACAGUGAUCUGAUUGUCUGCGAGGAGAUCCGCCACAUCAUGAUGCCCGUGGGCAAGACGAGGGAGUUGCAGUUGUUCGACAGGACCAGGCUCCUGGACCGCCUAGAUCUGACGUCGGAACAGCACCUUCUCCUUGUCUGUAUCGUAACCUCCAACGAUUACGCCAAGAAUCUUCCUUACUUUGGGCUUCUCAGGAGCUGCGACAUCAUACGAGACUUUGAUCUGACAAGCCUAGGGCCGCUGGGAGGAUCUGGAGACAACGACCACAGAGCCGAGGCAUUGAUGCCGUUCAUUCAAAACUACCUGGACGAAGUUGGGCGUCAGCUGGGGAAACGGAAGAAAAGAUCGACGCAGCAGACUUCUACUCGACACAAGCAACAGGAAAUCAUACACAUUGUCCCAGAAUAUUAUCGCCACGCAGUCACCGCAUUUGACGAAAGGAUGGAGACACCUCUGCAAGAACACCUGGAGCCGGAUGACGGGAGUCCUCACUCUUACGAUAUCAUUACUAUGAUACUACAGGAACUGUACUCUCGGAAAAGCCAGCAACAGCAGCCUCAGCAAUCCAGGAACGACACCCACAUCUUCACACAACACCUACCAUCAGAGCGAGUCCCAAUCGAACUGUCUUCUACCAAGGAUAUGCUCAUGGACACCGAUACAAACAUCGAAUCAGCACUCCCGUCAACAUCCAUGCAACAUAAUUCCAAGAAGAUCUCCGUAUGCACCCGGAAGCGGAAAAGUUCCUUGAGACACAAGCAACGGCGGAAGGAUCGUAGUUACACUUUGAAGAUGUAUCGAGUUUCGUUGAAUUCUUACUUUUCGUGGCAUAGUUCACAGUCGAUUCUGGACGAGUUUGGCGUGUCAUCUGUCGAGGAGAUUGAUGUCUGGGGCAUUGACCCCGGUGAGGCUAAUACUGCGGCCUUCUGUGGGAUUGUACGGGCCUGUCUCACUUCAAUCGACACCAAUGCGGCUCUGCAGGAUGACCCUGGAGGUCGAAGUCAAUCCAACUUCCCCGCAUCAAGCAACAGGAUCCUCCCUCCUGCCUUGGAGGUCAAGAAUCUGGUUGUGAACCGGCAAUCGCUCUUCCAACCUGAAUAUGCGGCAGCAGCCGGUCAUGUUGUUGUCCUGGUGGACGAGUUCCUGACGUCUAGUGUAUGCCCUACAUGGCUGGAGACCGGGGAUGCGUCCCGGCUGGCAGAGUCCACCAUCCGAUCCUGCGUGUGUCUCGAAUGUGGUAGAUGGAUCCACAGGGAUCUCGUCGGAGCCCAUAACAUUGCCGCUGCAGGAGAGGUUUGGAUCUGGACCCUGACAAGGACGUUGCCCCUAAGUCGCAAGAUCCCCGCUGGACAGUCUGGAGGAGCCACCCUCCAUAGUUAA